AUGAUCGACACCAGUGUGUUGAUCAGCAAGUACUUUCUCAUCUUUGAGAUAUUCUUCUUCAAUAUCAUAGGAGUAUUCGGGAAUGUUCAGCUGCUCUGGGCGACUUUUCGAAAAGAAUUUACUCACUCUAAGCCAGGGAUGUUGCUUGGAAUGAACGCUUUCUAUCACAUCAUUUGUCUUCUUUCUGAAGCAACGACGGCAACGUUCCUUAUUUAUGACUAUUCACCACGUAAACGGACAUGUUAUUCAUUUUUGGCGCUCCAUAUUUUUAUGAUGUGUCAACAAUGCAUGACCUUCCUAAUGAUAUCGCUGGAUCUCCUCAUCGCCCUUGUUCUUCCAAUGAGGUACACUCCUUUCUCA